UCAUAUGAUCCAGCGCUCAAUCUGAAGCUGCUUCUCAGGGUUGUAUGCUGUUUGCUUCUGGGUUGGGUAACGUUAUCCAGAUCGGUGAAACACUGUGCUAACGGAUCGGGCCGCUCUGAAUCCUUUGAAAGGCAAAACGUUAUAAUAUAGUGGACCUGAAAAGAAAGAUGACCGCUGAGAAACUGGGGCGUUUUCGAGAGAGAAUCAGAACCGAACUGGAUCAAGUUGUGGAAUUUUGGCUGAAAUAUUCUCAUGACAAAGAAUUUGGUGGUUUCUUUACUUGCAUUGGAAAGGAUGGGAAAGUGUAUGAUGAGCUGAAAUAUGUCUGGUUGCAGGGCAGACAGGUGUGGAUGUACUGUCGGUUGUACAGGACAAUGGAGCGAUUUCGCAGGCCUGAAAUUCUAGAAGCUGCCAUCUCAGGAGGGGAGUUCUUGCAAAAAUUUGCUUGGGUGCCCUCUGCUGGCAGCUCAGGGAAGUGCGCUUUCUGCCUGUCCAGAGAUGGCCGGGCAGUGAAAGUGCAGAGGACUAUCUUCAGUGAAUGCUUUUAUGUCAUGGCCCUGGAUGAACUGUCUCGUGUCACUGGGGACCAGGGGAUGCAGACGGAGGCUGAGCGGGUGAUGGGGCUGUUGGUCGGCUGGGCGAGGGGGGACUCGGCAGGGCUGGGCCGGCCGGAGCUUGCAGGGGACGCCCCCGUGAACAGCAUGGCUGUUCCCAUGAUGGUGCUCUGCCUCCUGGAGCAGCUGACCGACGGCCGCCCGCAGCUGGGAGAGAAGUACCGGGAGCUGGGGGCCUGGUGUGUGCAGGAGAUCCUACAGCAUGUGCAGAGAGGGGGGACCGCCAUUUUGGAGAAUGUCUCGAAGGAGGGGAAGGAACUGCCUGGUUGCCAGGGGCGACUCCAGAACCCAGGCCACGCUCUGGAGGCGGGCUGGUUCCUGCUGCAGUAUGCCACGGGCCACGGGGAGCGGGAGCUGCAGAGGGUGGCGGUGGAGACGUUCAUGGAGCUGCCCUUCCGCACGGGCUGGGACCCGCAGCACAGAGGCCUCUUCUACUUCCUGGACGUGGACGGGCACUGCCCCACGCAGUUGGAGUGGAGCAUGAAGCUCUGGUGGCCUCACUGUGAGGCUCUGAUUGCCUUCCUGAUGGCCUAUGCACAGCACAAGGAGCCCGCCCUGCUGGACAGGUUCACUCAGGUGUACGACUACACGUUCAGUCAUUUUCCUGAUCCCGAGCACGGAGAGUGGUUUGGGUACCUGAGCCAGCAGGGCAGCGUGGUGCUGGACUUCAAAGGCGGGCCAUUUAAAGGUUUUUUCCACGUGCCACGUUGCCUGUAUAUGUGUGAAAGACUCCUGGACGGCCUCAUAGAACAGCCCUGCGAUCCCUAAACACAAAUCAGGUGUGGGAGUGGGAGGCCUUCGAUUCUUCUGCUGUGCUCACACCUGCAGUGUUACCUGCACACCUGCAGGCUAACCGUUUAACCAGGGAUUUCACAGACCCUUGGCUGUGCUGAUCUCUCUUACUAGAUGUGAACCCAAGACUGUUAACGCAGCCUUGUGUGUUAAAAUUCUGGAAUUUGAAUUUCUAGAAAUUUUGCCAAAAAACAUUCCACCCUUCUAGUAAACAUGCCCUUUGUGAGCCAUCUGGAGAGAGUAGUGAGCAAUGACUUUAAGGCAGUGGUCUCCAACCCUGGUCCUGGGGAGCUCCAGGGUCUGCUGGUUUUUGUUGUUACUCUGCAUUUAAUUAAUCAAUUAGAGGAAUUUUAAGGUCAAAACAAGGAUCAGGGUUGGAGACCACUGCUUUAAGGGCUUUCUGAAUUGUAAAGGGAGAUGUAUUGCGGGAGGGUAUUUAAAGGGAGGCCUUUGGCUGUUCUGGCCCUUACUGAGGUUGCUAUAUGUACUGAACAGUCCUGUAGGACAGCUGAAAUACUGUUAUUGUUUCAGAAUCUGUCAAUAAUUAUGUUAGGCUAGCUCAUUAAAAAUUAAAAAUGCUUUAAACUUGUCUAUAACGAUGACAUCUAUCUUAACAGGUGCUCCAGGACCUGUAGAAUUUUUCAUACUUCAAAAAAACCAUACCAUACCAUAUUUAAAAAUACAUGGGAUGAGAUUUCCAUUUUCAUUUAAAAAUUAAACCUUUGAAUGCAAUCUCCUUAUAUAAUUACACAUAUCAUACAAUGAAAUAUUAAGUAAAUGUGUUUAUAGACAAGUAUUUAUACAGUCUAAAGCAUUUUUAAUCAUUAAAGAACUGGUUUAAAUGAAACAACUGGUUUUAAUGUUGUGGCUGAUCAGUGUAUAUCCACUUUAUUUCUAAACAGACUGGGUGAAUGUCUAAGAUCCUGGCACACUAGCUUAUUGGCUAUAUCCUGGGAAAGUGUGUGCAUUCAUAUGCAUGCCCAGAAGGGACCUAUACAAUUGCAUUUAUAUUAUAUGUUUCAUAUGUACUUUGUGUUUUCUGCUUUCAACAUAUCCACGAUUGUUAGAAUUUCAAGAUUUUUUGGCGUAAAAAAGGGAAGUAAUCUAAAGAAUACAGUCUGAUCUGAAACCACUAUAUGCAGUAACAAGAGCAAAUCAGGAGGGGGGCAAAUACUUUUUGACUACAUUAUAUAAAUGAUCAUAUGGACUUAUCUUUCACUUUAAAAAAAAAAAAAAAAACAACCUGCAAAGAUUUCUCUCUGGUCUGUUUUUUAAAAUCAUUUUGUAGUUUCACAAGGUCUUGAUGAACAGUAAGGUGGAAUAGAUGUGGGUAAAAAUCAAAUCUGUAUUUGCAAAUAUUUCCAAUACACUAAUGCAGAACAUUCCUUUUGCUGUUGAUUCACAAGGAUAAUCAGUGGGGUCUUGGAUUAGCACUCUGUUCAGUCUCAUCCACAAAGUAAGCACAUUUUAAUCCACAAGUGUUACAGAUAAAGAGUGAAACUGGAGCCUGUUCCUCAGCCAGAUAAAAAACCCAGAACAGCCCUUUUUUUCUUCAGUCCUUGUUCCUGAUUUGGGAGCAUCCAGGUUUUACUAUGUGCAGUUAUCCAGCUAACUGCUUUGUGGAGCGGGCCCCUGGUCAUUCAAUCAGAGCAGCCUUUCCAGUGACUUCAAAUGUAUUGACUGUAUGUUGGGCGUUUGCCCAGAUCUGGCUCACAGUUUAGUUUAGCUGUUCAGUAUUCUGUGUGAGAUCUUAGUCAUAACCAGAGAUGUGGAUGUUGCUAAAUGAAAGUACAGGGCAGUUUGAGUGUUACACUUUUGAUUAAAUUUCUAUUUUCAUCCAUGUCUGGGCUAACCUGUCUGCACACAAGCGGGUUAAUGUGUUUAAUUAUAGCACAGGAUUCCAAUUGUGCAAACACACACAACAAUUUGCCUUUUAUAGCCCGCUUUUAGUCUCUGUGAUAUGACAGAUUUGAUCUGCUAUGUAUGUCUCAUCUAUUAUGCAAAUGAAAUCUGUAAAUGCUGUGUGUCCUUGUCACUAGUGCACACCUCAAACAGCAUCCAGGAGCUGCACUGUGAUCUUACCUUAAACUGCAGAAUGCAGAUAUCUAUACAAGUAUUUGUUAUCUGGCAAAAGUGUAAAAUUGUUAAAAUGACGUCCAAUUAUUUUCAGGUGUUAAAAUACAAUAUUUCAUAGUAUCGGUUGAGUUCAGGCAGUACAAAUAAAUAUACCAAUAACUAAUACAAAAAACGUACACUUUAAUGUUAACAAACCAUAGCCUAUUUUUUUGGUUUGACCUGAUGAAGACUUUUGAUGGAUUUAAAUGUUUUUUAAUAUUUGCAGUAUUUUUUCAAUAAAGGAAUGUGUUUUAUCUAUAUCUGCACAUUGCAUAACUUACAAGUUCAAUUGUUACACAUUGAAAUGACAAAGGGAAGGCUCCAGAGCGAGCAGACACUCUUUCACAGACGCUUUCAAGUCGAUCGCUUCCUUUAGUUCCUGCAUGACUCCUUCAUGGACAAGUUCAUUAUUUUCUUUCAAAUCAUAACUGGAUAUAUAGAUCUGUUCACUGUCUUUCACUUUGUAUACAGGCCUACAUUUUAAAUAAACAUAGUCCACCACA